AUGCGUUGGCUUUACCCCCCCAUCGAUGCGUCACCUAGUAUUGCGCAUGUUAACACCUACUUCCGUAUCAACAUUAGUACAAUGGAAGCUGUCGCUUAUAAAUUCUAUAAUAUUAAGAUGGCUACCCAAAUCUUCACCCCCACCCCUACUCUACAUCAUCCAAUUUUCAUUGAACUCUGGACUAUAUCUUCAAGCUACUCCCGUACUCGUUGGAAAUGGCUGCACCACGUAUAG